GCGCAGUCGCCGGCAGCGGGAACACCCUCGGAGUCGCACAGGCUACCAGCUCCUGAUGCUACCACUUCCGCGCUUCAGCAAGUGCCAUCUGCCCCCGCGGCCUCUGCCCUUCCGCAGACGUCUGACGGGCAAGCUUCUCCUGCAGUCCAGGCCAUAUCCCUUCGACCUGCUCAAUUCACAAUUAUGCCGCUGGAGAUGCCGUCUGCGUCGGCUGUGCCAACCUUGCCGACAUCUAACAGGCCACAGUCUACUGCGGUUCAGGUGCCGUCUGCCUUUGGUGUGCCUCCCCGUUCGCCGGUUCCAGAUGUGGCGGCGCAAGCUUCUCCAGGCAUGGAGGUGCCUUCUACCACUGCCUCUUUUCUGCCGCAGACGCAAGCUUCGGCAGCAGUGCAGCUGCCAUCCACCCCAACAGCACCUUCCCUGCCGCAGACCUCGGAUAGGCAGGCGUCUUCCGUGGCCUUGAAGUCCGACUUGUCACCACAGGCGCGAUUCGCGGCGACAUUAAGCCUGGCCUUGAUUGUGAAAGCGCUGUGCAUGCUCAGCAACAUGCUUUGCUACGUGUCGCCGCUUCCACAGGUACAGCAGUUUCAGAAACUGGGUGACACAGGUGAAGCGGAUUCCGCUCCGUUUAUGUCUAUUCUGUACGCAGGCUGGCAGUGGUGUUUUUACGGCACAUUCGCGUAUUUCGUUACGCAGAAAAGUGGCUUUCUGGUGCUGUUCUAUUCCAAUAUUGCUGGUGCAGUUCUUGGUAUUUAUUACGUCUGGGGAUUCCAGCGAAACUGCCGCGACAACAAGGCCUUGCAACAACUGCAUCUGUACUUUCGCGCCGUGGGAGUCAUUGUCUGCCUUCAGUGCGUUGCGAUCUGCUCCUUGACCCGGGGGAACGCACUCUUCUUCAGUGGCCUCAUGUCGUCCCUGUCCAGCAUCGUGAGCGCUACAUCUUUAUGCUCCACCCUGCCGAAGGUCAUCAAGACUCAGUGCUCCGCCUCCAUUAAUGUGGAGCUGCUCACUGUCGGCCUUUGUUCCUCUAUGUUGUGGGUGAGCUGUGGACUGAUGCUAUGGGACAUGUGGAUUACAGUUCCGAAUCUUUUCUGCAUCACCAUCCAGCUUGUCUGCGGCUUCUUUGUGCUCUUAUUUCCCAGGGAGGAAGAGGGAGAUUUGGCCUGCAUACCAUCACGAUCACCAGUCUGUGCUUGGCUUCUGCCAGCUGAACGUGACGAUGAGGCACAGGCAGAAGAACAAACGUCUAUAUCCUCCCGGCCGACUCUUGCCGGGCGAACCGCUGCGGCUGCUGCAGCAAUCCGUGCUGCCUUGGCAGCAUCUGAAGCCAGGCAGGCCGCGCAGUGGGCACCGCAGGACUAUGGAAGUACAGUUUCAUCUACUGCCGGGACCGGUGGGACCUGGUAG